CUCCAUUGUGCUUUUACAUUUUUCACAGCCCCGCCUUUUAUGUUCAGUAUAUAAAGCGCACACCCGCCCUUGCUCUACAGGAAUUGUUCCAGUGGAAGGAAAGAUGGAGAAAGAAAGACAGACGCCCAGUGACAUGCGUCUGUGGGACACGGCCCGAGAGGUCCCCGACAUUGAAGAUCAACAGACGCCAUGGAAGAUGAUCAAACUAGUGAAGAUCAUCUCUCUGUGUGUCGUGGCCGUGUUAGUGUUUGGAUUGGCCCUGUGCAGCAAGGUCUCCUUCCUCCUUCUGGUCACCUUGUCCAACGAAGGCACAAAGACCCUCCCGAGUCAGAUGAGACCCGUCGCUCUGCUUCUGAUCGGCUGCGUCCUCAUAAGUUCCAGCGUCUUAGUAUUCAUCAAAAGCAUGUGGAAGGCGUGCUACAAAACAUCCAAACUGCCCAGAAAGUCGACCAUUGCCCUGGUUCUGUUCAUUGAGUUCCUGGUGGCUAUGGGGGCAGCGAUUCUCACCAUCGUUGCAAUGCCCCACCUGGACAUUGUGACCAACGUGACGAUACUGAACGGCGUAGCCGUGCUCUCCACGCUCCUACAGGUGAUCACGCAGUGCACCGCCAAGGAGAGGAACCGCUUCAUGGUGCCCUCCAUCACCGCCUUCCUCCUCAUAUUGCUCGGCUACGUCCUCUUCCUCGUCCUGUAUAUCACGAAGGAUCCCACUAAUACCCGGAGGAUCAUCUGGGCGGGUCUGGCUGUCGGCGGGUCCAUCUUGAUGUCCUUCAACUGGUGGGAGAACUACUUCAAGCUCAUCAGCAAGAACCGCCAGAACAAUAAGAAAUCCCAGAAGGACAUCGAGGACCCCAAGAUCAACAAGCGCCACUCCUCCAACUUCCUUGGAGCCUUGUGUGCAGACGUGACAGCGUGCCAGAACGUUCUGUACAUGCUCUCCAGCGUGCUCAGGAUCGCGGUGACCGCCGGCGUGCUCGGAGCCUACGUCCCUCUGGACAAAAUGGACUGGACCAUCGUCACCUCCAUCCCGAGCCGUGAGACAAGAAUCAUAGCCAUCAUCAUCGGGGUCCAGCUGAUCUCCUCCGUGCUCUGCCACUGGUUUUCUUUGGUGGCCUGCAAGAUGCACGCCCUGCGGCGGUGCUUUAUCCUGCCUUUGUACCUGGCGUCUCUGGCCGUCAUGGUCCUCUUCAUCGUCCCCGUUAUCGUUUUCCAUCAAAACUACAGAAACGCUCAGAGCGGGAUUCAAAGCUCCGACUUCAGAGGCUACUGCAACGACGUCAUCAAUGCGAGAAACCAAAGUCUGAGCGGCGACGUGUUCCGAGAUCUGGUUCAGGAUGUGACUCGCACUCUGUGCUUCCUGGACUUGUCCAGGGUGUAUGACAUCGGCCUGCUGACAGGUUCAGCAGUGUGCUGGUGGCUUGGUCUCGUGUUGGCCACCCUUCAUCUGUGGUACCUCAACGUGGCUCGUAUCCAGAGAACCCAAGACUUGUUCAUCAGGAGGCUGUUUGAGGGGGCCUUUAUCGAGCAGUCCCUACUCCUCAACACACGAUUCGACAUUCUGUCAAAAGAGAGGAGAAAGAAGAAAGGGGGGUUUGAUACUGCGAGGAUUUAUCUCUGCGCAACCAUGUGGCACGAAACGCACAAUGAGAUGAUGAACAUUAUUAUCUCCAUAUUCAGGCUGGACAAGUACCGACCAAAGACAGUACAAUUAUACGACGAUUUCACCUUUGAAGCCCAUAUUUACUUUGACGACGCAUUCCAACAUGUUGAAGGGAGUCAGGGGGAUCACCUCAACAAAUAUGCACAGGAUCUCGUUAAUGUCCUCACGGAGGUUUAUGGCAUCUUCGUAAACAUCGAUGGAAAGUUCUUCAACAAAAAGCAGGAGAUCCCUGAUCUGAAGAUUAUGAAGACGCCGUACGGGGGUCGUCUGGUGAUCAAAAUGCCUCAAGGCAAUGAAAUCUUUGUUCACUUCAAAGACAAAAAACUCUUCCGCCACAAGAAGAGAUGGUCUCAGGUCAUGUACCUCUACUAUCUUCUGGGCUAUAAAAUCAUGAGCAAACACUACGCAGGCUGGGAGAAAAGACAAGACGAGGCUGAGCUGAAAGAGGCGGUUAAUAAGGAGAAAAGAAACACCUACAUCCUGGCUUUAGAUGGCGACACAGACUUCCAACCGGCUGCUGUGAUGCUGCUCAUCGACCGUUUGAAACAGUACCCAAAAGUCGGUGCAGCUUGUGGCAGGAUUCACCCAACCGGAACAGGUCCCAUAGUGUGGUUCCAGAAGUUUGAAUACGCCGUCAGUCAUUGGUUGCAGAAGACGGCGGAGCACGUGAUCGGCUGCGUGCUCUGCAGCCCCGGUUGCUUCAGUCUGUUCAGAGCAGAAGCGCUGAUGGACGACAACGUGAUGAAGACAUACUCCACCGUGUCCUCGGAGGCGCACCACUACAUCCAGUACGACCAAGGUGAGGACCGCUGGCUGUGCACCCUGCUGCUAAAGCAAGGAUGGAGGGUGGAGUACAACGCGGCAUCUGAUGCUUACACCAAUGCACCUGAGGAUUUCAAAGAACUCUACAACCAGCGUCGCCGAUGGGGGCCGUCGACAAUGGCCAACGUGAUAGAUCUGAUUGGCGACACCAGCGCCGUUUCCAAGAAGAACUCCUCCAUGUCCAAACCGUUCAUGUUCUACCAGCUCUUCGCCAUCGCCUCAUCCAUUCUGGCCCCGGCCACAAUCUGCCUAAUGAUCGCUGGUAGUUUGACCUUUGUCCUUUCAAUAAAUGGUGAAUCUGCCCUGGUCCUGGCUGUUAUACCUCCCAUCAUCUUCCUGAUUCUCUGCUUCAAACUCAAAUCAGACACUCAGAUAGCUGUUGCUGGGAUCAUGAGUAUCCUAUACGCAUUCCUCAUGAUGGUGGUGGCGAUAACUAUUAUCGGCUCUAUGGUGAAAGAAAAAACCAUCCUGACACCCAGCAGCAUUUUUGUCGUCACCAUGGCCUCAAUUUACGUAAUCACUGCCAUAAUGCAUCCCCAAGAAGCACAUUUGGUGUUCCACGCCUUUCUCUACAUCAUCAGCAUCCCUAGCGCUUACCUUCUGCUCACCAUCUACUCCAUGGUCAACAUGAACAAUGUGUCCUGGGGCACACGGGAGACAAAACCUACUGCGGGUCCUGCAACAGAAGAUCCGGUAACCAAGCAGACAAACACCCAGAAAGCAAUGAGCAUCGUACAACGGCUCUCCUUGUGGUGCAAAUGUUGUAAAAAAUCAAACCAGAGACUUGGAAUAAUGCAGCCACCUGUCAGCCAGGAGAAUCUGAUCCCAGAGGCCCAACAGCCUGAACCGCAGCCGCAAAACACACAUGUGUCUGACGAAAGGAUCCCAGAGGUUCAGAGUGGCGAAGCACCGAUGGCUGUCUUUGACUCCCCAGCCCAAUGUUUUGUCACACAACUACAAAAUACAACCAUUCAUCUGAAUGAGGAUUCCCUCGACAAGGAGGAGGAGCAGUUCUUUAUAGAGCUUUGCGAGAAGUACCUGAAACCUCUGGAGGACAACAAAGAGACCAAACAAAAGAUUACCCAUGACCUGCGAGACCUGAGGAACAAGGUGAACUUUGGCUUCUUCAUGGUGAAUGCCUUGUGGCUGGUGGCUACCUUUACCUUCCAGCUCUUGCAGGCCUCUUUCGCCAUCAGGAUCCCUUUGGUCGACCUCCAGCUCCAGCAAACCGGACAAACCAUCACAAUUGACCCCAUCGCCUUCAUGUUCAUUCUGGGUUUUGCGAUAUCGGUGAUAAUUCAGUUCCUGACGAUGUUCUACAGCAGAAUCUACACCCUGAUCCAUUAUGUGGCCUUUUUGGACACCGAGCCCAAACAGCGGAAACCAAAAUACAAAAAGGGCAAAAAGCUGAAAUCAAUUGAGGACAACUCUGAUUCCAUCGCCGAAACCAUCACUGACACCGUCACCGACACCGACACCGUCACCGACAUCGACAUCAACUCUGACACCAUAUCCGACGGCGGCUCUGAGCUGGACUCGUUUGAGAGUGAUGAUGAUGAGUUCUAUGACGAUGUGGCACUUUAAACCACAGACUACACUUCAUGUGAGAUUCUACAGAUGUAUUUUACUGUACAUAUAAUUAAUUUAUUUUUGUUUGUGACAAAAUAUUCAUGAAGGAGCUUAGAUAUCAUGAUAUGAUACACUGCACAUCUUGGUUUGCUGCUUAUGUGUUGAAAAAAAACUAAUGUGAAGUGCAAUGAAGGAAGUUUAGACACAACUACAGACGUUUUUAUUUUCCUUAAUGAGCCUGAGAGACGCACUGUAAAAAGAAAGAGAUUAUCUGAUCGAGCUAUUUGACGUUUAGAGCAUGAUGUUGUGAACUGUGUGAUUAUUACUAUAUGUUGUUCUGCUGUUGAGUUCUUUAUAUAUAUAAAUAUAUAAAUAUAUAUAUAUAUAUUCACACAAUGACGGUAUUUCUGUGUUUGAAACCCAUAAAUGUAGACUUUUUGGGAGCAAUGUCAUUGUAAUGUAAUUUCACCAUUGCGAUUUGACAGGUAAAAAUAAGAUGCAGGGUCGUUUUAUUUAUCAGAGGAUGCACAUUAGACACUGAAAAGAAUGCUAUCUUUGAAUUUACUUUUGAAUGUAAAAUCAAGAAUUAUCUUUGAUUUAAACUUCUGUAUUUAAACCUUUUAAUGCAAUGAUGUCGAGCAGAUGUUUUUCUGCUUUGGAUUGUUCUUGUUUCUCAAUAAAGCACACCAUGAUAAA